AUGAACCGUGAUGCUGGUACAUUUCUUGAGGACAAGAGCCAAGCUCUCGACUUGCUGGAGCAGUGCUGGAAUAUAGACAUGGACGACGUGGCGCUGUUGACUUCCCACCUUGUUUCCAGCUACCACAGCCGCAUUGUGAAAGUCAACGGCGAUGUCUGUCUAGAUAUAAGUUAUAAUAUACGAGAGGAUAUUUUAUACGACCGAAACAACAUAUCGUCACUAGAAAGUACUCUAACAGUCAAUGUGAUUAAGCCAACCGACUUGCGAGUACAGCACGAGUACGAAUCUCUCUAUUUCCGACACAAUAUCACGACAGGGCAGACAACCUAUAUCUUACCGAAUGCGAGUCGAGAGUAUCGCGGUUUACUUUAUACUCUAGGACGAAGAUUCUCAGAACGAGCUUCUAGUAUGCAUCCGUUCUCAUUACAUGCGGUGAUACUGUUUCAAAGUCUCGCCGCACGAAGUGUACAAAUUGACGAUCUUUAUCGCCGCUUACUAUGGAUCGAGACCCAGAUAUAUCAAGGGUCAAUUUUUCAGGGCACCGAUUCCGAAAAGUUCAUCCGAUAUAUUCAACUUUCACAUAAAUUGUCCCGCAAUCUGAUAACACUGGAACAUCGGAACGAGCGGGACAGGUCACAUAUCGAGAAACUUUUAGACGAUCACAAACGAUUGUACAGGUUGAUUAAGCAAUCAUCUCCCCUGUCCGAGCGCCAUAUUGACAUGAAUACGCACGAACAUGUGCGAGACAGCCUGCUGAGUCUGAAAGAUCUCGCCCAUGAUCAAGACCGACAGAUCAUAAACUCUCAGCGCAAGACACAGCUUUUCAUAACACUUCUCUACAACCUUAUUACCGGCCACGAUAGUGGCAUCAAUCUAAAAAUUGCAUCGGAAACAGCCAAAGUCGCACACGAAGCGAAAAAAGAUAGCACUUCCAUGAAAAUCAUCGCUGGAGUGACCAUGGUCUAUCUUCCAGCAACAUUUGUUUGUAGUCUCUUUGGCACAAAUUUUGUCGCGCUUGACACCAAUGCUUCGGAACCAAGCUUUGUUGUAUCGAAGUUAUGGUGGGUUUAUAUUGCAUUUGCGGUUCCCUUGACCGCAGUGACAAUUAUGGGCUUUCUCGUUUGGCGGCGUUGGCGCCGUGGACAGGUAACCCUAGAAGAUAGAUAUCAGGUUUAA